AUGUCGAACUGGAAUGGACAGCCAUUACUGGAAUACCUGAGUAGCCGUGCCACUGACCAACUAAAUAAACUGUAUUCGUAUCCCGCAGUGUCAUUUGCCAUUUUCCGACUUUUGCCGGAACUUUCACAACAGCUUAUCCUGAAAAUGCUGUGGUUAAGUGGCAGUAAUAGGAAUUGCGGUUGGCGUGCGUGGUCAUCUCCAGAUUUCGAAGCAGCAGUGAUAAAUCAUAUCAAUGCAUUGAAGAAACUAAAGAUAAUUAUUGGAGAUGAAGAAGUCAUGCUUAAUCAGGUAUAUCGUCGUGCAUACCUUAAGGCAACUCGUAUUGGAUUAUGCAAAGCAUCAGAACUCAGUGUAGUUACAGACUGUGAUGAGAAAACUCGAAAAUCGGCAAAUAAAGAUCUCGGAAAAAAAGCUGUUGAAAGAUGGGAAUGCAUAUUACAUUAUUUAGCUUUACCGUCUCAGAAAAGCGAACAAGGUGUCAGUGGUACUACUAAAAGGCUUUUUAGGUCUGCGGGUCUAACUAGCAGUGGAAAUGAUGAUGGCGACAUAGAAAUAACAUCCGCCGGUUUUCAAUUUCUUUUAUUAAAUCGGCCGGAACAAAUUUGGACCUACCUCCUACAUUAUUUUCAUAUGCAAGAAGUAGCUGGUAUCGAUAUCGUCAAGGAACUUGAUUUUUUAUUCAAAUUAACUUUAUAUUCUGGUAGUACAUGUGGUGGUACCAGAGUGGUUAAUGGUUCGGAUAAAGAGCGACCUACCGGUAGUCGGGCAUUUAUUAUCGAUGAAAACUGGCCUGAAACUAUCAAGGAUUUUCUGAUGCACCUCAGGGAAUUGGGAUUAGUUUUUAUAAGGAAGCGAAAAGACGGGUUUUUUUUUCUAACUCCUUUGCUCAAUCAUUUGACCGGUAUUUCCAAUACAUCUGAAGCAGGCAUGGAAAACCGUAAUCAGAACGGUUUUGUGAUAGUGGAAACAAAUUAUCGUGUUUAUGCAUACACAGAUUCAAACUUACAGCUUGCAAUACUCUCGACAUUUACAGAAAUGCUUUACAGAUUCAGCGAUAUGUCUGUGGGUGUGCUUUCUCGUGAAGCUGUAAGAAGAGCAUUUCAGGUUGGUAUAACAGCAGCACAAAUUAUAGCAUUUCUGAGUAGAAAUGCUCAUCCAAUAACUUGUGCAGUAACAACUGAAUAUGGAAGAAUGAUACAGAGUGUACCCAUAACUGUGGUAGAUCAGAUACAACUUUGGGAAGACGAAAGGCGACGUUUAACAUUCUGCAGUGCUGCUGUUUAUUCGUCAUUUGAAUCUGAAAAAGAGUAUUUCGGUUUGAAAGGAUACGUCAUAUCUCAGAAUAUCUUACUAUGGUGUCAUGAUGUACAGAGGUUGAUGGUUAUUACAGAAGAAGGACAUGAAAAUGUGAAAGUGUGGUGGAAAAUGAAAACCGGUAAAAAUGGUUCUUAA